CUCACACUACAGUCUACACACUUCUCUUCUCUGGCCUAAAGUGACACGACGGGAAGGCAACACUACUCAACAGAGACGGAAUUCUGCUGCAGAGAGAGACGCUUCCUCCGCUUCAACAUAAUGGAGCAUGAUUCAGGGGAGGACAUCAGUGACUCAGAGAUCGAUGACCAUGUAGACGAGCCAUAUCAUCAGUUGAGAUCUGGAGAGUUGAAAGUGAAGGUAAAUGGCAUCCUAAGGUGUCCAUUCUGCGCUGGGAAGAAGAAGCAGGACUACAAGUACAAGGAUUUGCUUCAACAUGCUUCGGGAGUGGGUAAGGGAGCCGCCAGCAGGAGUGGGAGGCAAAAGGCUGACCAUCUUGCCUUAGCCAAGUAUUUGCAAGUUGACUUGGCGGGUGAGGCUGACGAAACCCAGACAAGGGUCUUACCACAGCCCCCCACACAUGCUGCAAAUCAGAUGGAGCAGCUUGUAUGGCCACCGAUGGGGAUCGUAAUGAACAUAUCGAUCGAGUCUGAAUUGCUGGAGGAUGGUUAUUGGUUGCAAAAGUUUGCUAAGUACAACCCUGCAAAUGUGCAUAUCCUAAUCAAUGAAGAAAUCCAAAAAGCUCAAGUGGUGGUGAAGUUUAGCAGUGAUUGGAAUGGUUUUACUAAAGCGAGGGAGUUUGAUAAGUCUUUUAUCAGUGAGCGUUGUGGUAAGGUGGACUGGAAGGCAUGUGGAAGUGAUCCUGGCACAAGGAUGUAUGGCUGGACUGCACAUCAUGAUGACUAUGAUUCUGAAGGUCCAAUUGGAAAGUACCUAAGAAAACAAGCAAAGCUCACGACAGUUUCCUGUAUUGCUCAAGAAACCAGUGAAAGCAUAAACAGCGUUGUUGCAAGCCUGACUGAGAAAAUUUAUAAGACCAAUCAAAAUCUGGAUGAGUUGCAGCACAUGUACAACAAGGACACCAUGACAUUCAGUAGAGCACUCGAAGAGAAGGAUCAGCUACAUCUUGCUUUUGAUGAAGAAAGCAAGAAGAUGCAACGAGUUGCACAAGAGAAUGUGCUUAGAAUCUUGGCUGAGCGGGAAAGGUUGAUCAGUGAUUUGGAAUCGCGGGCGAAGAAAAUUGAUGAACGGGCUAAAGAAUUGAGCAAGCGGGAAACACUGACAGAUCGUGAAAGGCAAAGGCUUGCAGAAGACAAGAGAAAGAAUGAAGUGGUUAACGAGUCACUCCAUUUGGCAUCCAUGGAGCAGCAGAAAGCUGAUGCUAAUGUCCUGAGACUGGUUGAAGCGCAGAAGAGGGAGAAGGAUGAGGCCUUACAAAAGAUACUUCAGCUGGAAAAGCAGUUAGAGUCCAAGCAGCAGCUGGAAAUGGAAAUUCAACAGUUGAAAGGGAAACUGAAUGUGCUGAAGCAUCUUGAGGAUCAAGAUGAUGAAGCAGUUAAGAAAGCUAUGAAAGAGAUGGAUGAUGAGUUGGCAGCAAAAAUAUCUGAUCUUGCGGACAAAGAUUCUCUUAUGACAACUCUAAUGGUCAGGGAGCGCCAGAGUAAUGAUGAAGUUCUAGAGGCACGGAAAGUAAUGCUACAGGGCUUGAAGAAAAUGUCCACUGGUAAUGCUAAAACGAACAUUGGGAUAAAGAGAAUGGGCGAUCUCAAUCAGAAGCCGUUCCUUGAUGCUUGCAAACAAAGAUUUCCAUCUGAGGAAGCAGGAGUCAAGGCCCUAGAGCUCUGUAGCUUGUGGCAGAACAAUCUGACAGAUUCUCAGUGGUACCCUUUCAAAGUCAUUACUUCAGACGGGGUUGAAAAGGAAAUUGUAGAUGAACAAGAUGAAAAGCUGAAAAGUCUGACGGAGUGGGGUGAGGGGAUUGUCAAUGCAGUUGUUAGGGCAAUGGAAGAGUUGAAUGAAUACAAUCCAAGUGGGAGAUAUCCUGUAGAGGAAAUCUGGAACUUCAGAGAAGAUAGGAGAGCCACAACCAAGGAGGUUAUUACUUACAUUUACAAGCAAAUCAAGAGUACCAAGCGCAGGAAACCUUGAAGCUCGACGGGUGACACUUUUGGUCUUCUGAAGGAAGAGAAGAUGAAGGGGUAUUAUGUAAGUAUGUAGUGACUACAAAUAGGGUACUAACCAAGUGGAAAGCCAAAGCUGGAAGGAGCAAAACUGUGGAGUUGUCUCCAGUGAAUACACUGCUUAGUAUAGUUAUGAAAGUAGUUGGAUUCUAAGACCUGAUCUCGUCCAUGGCUGCCCGAAAAUAUGUCUGGCUUUUUUGAAUGCCCCUUUAUAUUGGAUGUUUUUAGGACUUCUUUUGAGAAUGUUGGGGGGAAAUGCCAUGUUACGUUACGUACAAACUAGCUUUUUGUUCAGGUAGGCUGAGUUUCGGUUAUCUUAAUUCAUUGACAGUAUUGCUUAAACUAUUAUAUGA